AUGUGGACGAGAUUGUGGGUAGUUCCUACAGCCCCAAAAAUAUGCCACUUCAUGUGGAAGAUCUGCUGGACGAUAUGGAAAGCCAGGAACUCCUUUGUUUUCUCUGGAAAAUAUCCAAACCCAAGUGAUGUGAUUGAGAAAGCCAAAGCUGCAUGCAGAGACUAUCUUGCAGCGCUAUUCAAAUGCCCCAAUAUCAUCAAUCCUCCAAAAGCUAGCAGAGCUUCUCAUUGGUCGGCCCCCCCACCUGAUGUGGUUAAAUUUAAUUCUGAUGGAGCUUUUAAAUCCUUCCGCAGCUUGGCUGCAUUUGGCGUUAUCGCCAGAGACUGUGGUGGAUCCGCUCUUGUUUGGCGUAUGGGUAAAAUUGUUGCCCAUUCAGCAAUUGUUAUUGAAGCUUGGGCCCUUCGCAUAGCUUGUAGUACAGCAGUGGAGAUGGAUUAUAACGAAGUAAUCUUUGAAUCAAACUGUCAAGCACUUAUAAACUGCUUUAAGGAUGGAAAGCCUCCAUGUCCGUGGGAAAUCAGAACAAUUGUGGAUGACAUCAGAUCUUGGGCAAAAACUAGGAAAUGGUCUUUCGUUUGGUGUAGUAGGGACAUUAAUACAGUUGCUCAUGGUUUGGCAGCAUUUUGUGCUGAUAGAUUUUUUGUUUUCCAAGCAGGAUGUUUACCGCCUGCUGUGGAAGUUUUGGUUUCCAAAGAUGUAAAUCGUUCAUGA